AUGGCAAUGGACGAGAUCGACCGCGAAAUCGCGGCCGCCGAGCGCGCUGCAUCCCCCGAACGCUACCACGGCCGUGAGAGCCACGAAAUCGAACGUGUUCUCUCUACUUCCUCUACAUCCUCCUCCUCAUCUUCUGCCUCUCAUGGACCUCGUCCGUUCGCCCGUACUGGCACCGGCAUCAGCCGUGUCUCGACCCAGAAUGACCUCGAGAGACACCCGACGGCCCUGAGCCGAAUCGCAACGGCCCGCAGUCAGCACUCUAACACUGUCGGUCGCAGCAUUAAGAGCAGACAGUCGACGAAACCAAUCCCCUCUAUGGGAGCCGGCAAGCCAUUCCCGCCGCCAUUGCCCGAGCAAGAAGAAUAUGUGGUCGAAUUUGACGGUCCCAACGACCCUAUGCAUGCGCAAAAUUGGCCACUGAAGAAAAAGUUGCUAACAGCCGCAAUGCUUGGCUACACCACCAUGACGUCCGCCUUCACUUCUAGUAUCUUCUCAGCAGCGACGCAAAUCGUGGCCGCAGAAUACAAUGUCUCGGCAACCGUUGGUACCUUGGGCGUUUCUUUUUACGUCCUUGGCUUUGCCUUCGGUCCCAGUUUGUGGGCGCCCCUUUCCGAGCUUCGGGGUCGCAGACUACCCCUGGUCCUCUCCAUGUUCGGCUUCUCCAUCUUCUCCAUCAGCACCGCCGUCGCCAAAGACUUGCAGACUAUUCUGAUCUGCCGUUUCUUUGCUGGCUUUUUCGGCGCCUGUCCACUGGCUGUCGUCGCUGCCGUCUUCUCCGACAUGUUCGACAACCGUAGCCGUGGCAGUGCCAUUACUGUCUUCUCUAUGGCCGUCUUCACUGGCCCGCUCCUGGCCCCCUUUAUUGGUGGUUAUAUCGUCGAGUCGCACCUUGGCUGGCGCUGGACUGAGUACAUUCCGUCCUUUAUGGGCUUCCUCGCCUUCUUCCUCGAUCUGUUCUUCCUUGAGGAGACUUACCCGCCCGUUAUCCUGGUCGCCAAGGCGUCUGAACUGCGUCGCCGUACACGCAACUGGGGCAUUCACGCGAAGCAGGAAGAAAUCGAAAUUGACUUCAAGGAGCUGGUUAACAAGAACUUUUCUCGUCCCAUGCGUCUUCUCUUUGGCGAGCCCAUUGUCACUGCGCUGUCGGUUUACAUGGCCUUCAUUUACGGACUGCUGUAUCUCUUCCUGACGGCUUACCCCUUUGUCUUCCGUGGCGUCCAUGGCUUCAAUGCUGGACAAUCUGGUCUCACCUUCUUUGGCAUGAUCACUGGUCAGCUCAUUGCGGGUGUCACCGUCCUGCUCCAGCAACCGUGGUAUCUGCGAAAGCUUAAGGCUAACAACGGCGUUCCCGUUCCUGAGUGGCGUCUGCCCAGUGUCAUUGCUGGCGGCAUCUUUUUCGCAGCCGGUAUUUUCUGGUUUGGAUGGUCUGGUUACCGCCAAGAUAUCCAUUGGAUCGUUCCCGCUCUUAGCGGCCUCUUCACUGGCUUCGGUCUGAUGUCCAUCUUCCUCCAGGCGCUUAACUAUCUUGUCGACGCCUACCUCAUGUUCGCCGCCUCCGCCAUUGCCGGUAACACCUUCCUCCGCUCCCUUUGUGGUGCCGGCUUCCCGCUCUUCGCGAGCUACAUGUUCAACGGCAUGGGUAUCGAAUAUGCUUCUACGCUUCUCGGCGCUGUUGCAGUCGUCCUCGCACCUAUCCCCGUGAUCUUUUACAUUUGGGGCCACAAGAUCCGUGCCAAGAGCGCUUACGCACCGACUUUCGCUGCCCCGGCCGACGAGCCCGAGGAUGAGCCUGUGGACGAGCCGCUUUCCAACGGCCACUCCAGCCAAGAACACGAAAAGCCGCCUUCCCUCUCCGGACUUGAGGCCAGCAUCCCGAGGACGAGCGGCAACAAGGCCGAGAACGCUGUUUAA